CUUGCAGAUACUUCCUCCUCCUGAUGACAGCUGACAAUGUCCGGCUUCAGUCCGGAGCUCAUCGACUAUCUGGAGGGCAAAAUCUCCUUCGAGGAAUUCGAGAAACGCAGAGAAGAACGACAUGCCAAUGAGAAGCAGAUGAGCAGGUCUGUCCAGCGCGCGUUCGCGUCGAUGCUCGGAGAAGAUGACGGCGAGGAGGAGGAGGACGAGGAUGACGGAGAAGAUCAUUCCGGACAGCCGUCUGCGGGGGACGUGUUCGCUCUGGAAAUGGAACUCGACAGAGAAAACAAGAAAAUGAUGAAGGCCAAAAGGCCGCGCAGCAAACUCCCCAGAGCCCUCCGGGGCCUCAUGGGAGAGGCCAACAUCCGCUUUGCUCGGGGGGAGCGGGAGGAAGCCAUUAUGAUGUGCAUGGAAAUCAUUAGACAAGCUCCUCUGGCAUACGAGCCUUUCUCAACCCUUGCCAUGAUCUACGAAGACCAGGGGGACAUGGAGAAGUCUCUGCAGUUUGAGCUGAUAGCAGCUCAUCUGAACCCCAGUGAUACGGAGGAAUGGGUGAGGCUAGCGGAGAUGUCGUUGGAGCAAGAUAACAUCAAGCAAGCCAUAUUUUGCUACUCCAAAGCACUGAAGUAUAACCCAACCAACGUCCGUUACCUGUGGGAGAGGUCCAGCCUUUAUGAGCAGAUGGGAGAACACAAGCUGGCCAUGGACGGAUAUCGCCGGAUCCUAAAUCUGUUGUCUCCGUCCGACGGAGAACGCUUCAUGCAGCUGGCAAGAGAUAUGGCCAAGAGUUACUAUGAAACCAACGAUGUCGCCUCGGCUAUCGUCAUCAUCGAGGAAGCUUUUGCCAAGCACCAGAAUCUGGUGGCGAUAGAAGAUGUGAAUAUUGCCGCAGAACUUUACAUCUCCAACAACCAGUAUGACAAAGCCCUGGAGGUCAUAACACAGUUUUCCGGAAUAACGCUGAACAAAAAAGAGACCACAAGCACCGAGGAGGGCUCAGAAAUCGUUAUGUGUCACGUACCGGAAGGCUUACCCAUUGAUAUUACCGUGAAGAUGAUGCUUUGUUUGAUCCAUCUCAAUAUUCUGGAGACUGUUGGUCCAAUGCUGACGUCUCUAAUGGAGCAGAAUCCAGAAGAAGUGGGAGACUUGUAUCUGGAUGUGGCAGAGGCGUUUCUUGAAGUCGGGGAAUAUAACUCUGCUCUGCCUCUGCUCGGCGCUUUGGUGUGCUCCGAAAAAUACAACAUGGCUGUCGUCUGGCUGCGCCAUGCAGACUGUCUGAAAGCUCUGGGUCACAUGGAGAAAGCUGCAGAGAGCUACAGUAAGGUGGUGGAAAUGGCUCCCUUACACUUGGACGCCAGAAUCUCCCUUUCUACUCUUGAACAACAGUUGGGGCAUCCCGAGAAAGCACUGGAAGCUUUAGAACCAAUGUAUGACCCGGAUACAUUAGCGCAAGAUUCAAAUGCUGCCCAGCAGGAACUUAAGCUUCUUCUCCACCGGUCAACUCUCCUUUUCUCUCAGGGAAAAAUGUAUGACUAUGUGGAUACUUUACUCACAAUGCUUGCCAUGCUUCUGAAGAUUGCAAUGAACCGAGCACAGGUAUGUUUGAUUUCAAGUUCCAAGUCUGGAGAAAGGCAUUUGUAUCUGAUCAAGGUGUCGAGGGAUAAAAUUUCCGACACCGAUGAACAGGAGCCCGUAAAUUCUGACGCAAAAGCGAUUUUUACCGUACUGACCAGCGUGCUGAACAAGGAAGACUGGUGGAACCUCCUUCUAAAAGCCAUCUACGCCCUCUGUGACCUCGCCCGGUUCAAGGAAGGGGAGCUGCUGGUAGACUCUUCCCUGGAAUAUUACUCGUUUUACGACGACCGACCGAAAAGGAAAGAGUUGGAAUAUUUUGGUCUCUCCACUGCUAUCCUGGACAGGAAUUUCCGAAAAGCGUACAACUAUAUAAGGCUGAUGUUAAUGGAAAAUGUGAACCGGCCGCAGCUCUGGAACAUCUUCAAUCAAGUCACGAUGCAUUCUCAGGACGUGAGGCACCAUCGAUUCUGCUUGAGACUCAUGCUUAAAAAUCCCGACAAUCUUGCCCUGUGCGUCCUUAGUGGUCACAACGCAUUCGUGUCUGGAAGCUUCAAGCACGCUCUCGGUAAAUAUGGAUCUUUAUUUAUUUUUAUUUAUCUUCAAUCAUUUAUUUUUAUUCAUAUGGCGUCGCAAAAGUUUGUGCUAAAAAGACACGCUCUCCUUGUACAGGGAUUUUCCUUUUUGAAUCGCUAUCUCGACUUGCGGGGCCCAUGCCAGGAAACCUAUUACAAUAUCGGACGUGCCCUGCACCAAAUGGGCCUGACGUACCUUGCUAUUCAUUACUACAAGCGAGCGCUGGAGCUGCCACCACUUCAGCUACAGGGGAUUGAAGAGGACCAAGUGGACCUAAGGAGAGACAUUGCCUUCAAUCUAGGUCUCAUUUACCAGAGUAGCGGCAACACAGAAAUGGCUCGAAGGCUUUUGUAUACUUACUGUACCGUAUAA